UGCAUAUUGGAAGCAUUGAACCAAUUGCGAAUAUUUUUUGUUGCAUGGUGGCACGCCUUUUUUCUGUAACAUCUUAUGUUGUACCGUUAGUUGUUUGCCAAUAAAAUAUGCGACAUUGCCAAUGGCACUGCUUGCUGUGUAUGUGUUAUUGCCACCAACAACAAUAAUAACAACUACAAAUCUAACGCUAAAUAUGGCAUUACGCCGCAUAUGGUGCACAUUCUUCGAACGCUUGACCCCAAAAGCGGUAAGACGAGCUUGUGACGCGAAGUUGUCCCAAACGCAUUUUCCUUGGCAGGAGCGCGCACUCCACCUAUAUUUUGUGUGUGUAUGCGUGAAUGCGCCAUGCCACCCUUUUGUACGCAACGCAUUCGAGUUUAUGUGUGGGUGUGUGUGUAUGCGAGUGUUUCAUAUUGUACAUGUUUUCUGUUGCAGCAAUAGGCUUGUUGUUGCUGAAUCUCGCCACAAGACGCCAGUAUCGAUUUAACAAGCAUCAGUGGGAAAAGUGAAGUCUAGUUAACACUUACUUAUUUUACAAGAAAGCGACACGCUUAGACUAUACUCGUAUACUAUUAAGGCUAACAAUAGAAGAUAAAUUUCCAACAAGAUGGCGACAAGUCCAAAACCCGUUAAGAAGGUGCCAAUUCAUCUUCAGAGCUCCCAGAACCGCGUCUACAUUAAGAAUGGACACAUCGUCAAUCACGACAAGUCAUUUAAGGCUGAUAUUUACAUUGAGGAUGGCAUAAUUAAAUUCGUGGGACCCGCAUCUGAUAUCGUUGUGCCCGGCGGCGUGCGAAUUGUGGAUGCUGCCAACAAAUUGGUGCUGCCCGGUGGCAUUGAUCCACACACCCACAUGCAGCUAAAAUUCGGCGGUUGUGUCGCUGUAGACGAUUUCUAUCAUGGCACUAAAGCGGCCGUUGCAGGCGGCACCACCACCAUUAUCGAUUUCGUGCUGCCCGAUAAGGGUGAAUCGCUCGUUGAAGCCUACGACAAGUGGCGUGCAUGGGCUGAUCCCAAGGUCUGCUGUGAUUAUGCGCUCCAUGUGGGCAUCACUUGGUGGUCGAAAUCUGUUUCGGAGGAAAUGAAAAUCAUGUGUGAAGAGUUGGGCGUCAAUUCUUUCAAAAUGUUCAUGGCCUACAAGGGUCUGUAUCAGUUAAACGAUUCGGAAUUGUUGGAGGCUUUCGAGCGUAUACGUGCACUUAAUGGUGUGGCACAGGUGCAUGCUGAGAAUGGCGAUAUUAUUGCGAAGAAUGUGCAGAAACUAUUGGCCGCUGGUGUUAAUGGUCCUGAAGGCCAUGAACUUUCACGCCAGGAGGAAGUAGAGGCUGAGGCUGUCAACCGCGCCUGCAUACUGGCACAUCAGGUCGAUUGUCCGCUAUACGUAGUGCAUGUAAUGAGUAAAUCGGCGGGCAUUGAGGUGGCUCGUGCACGUAGACGCUACAAGAAUCACGGCAUCUAUGGCGAAACCUUGGCUGCGGCGCUCGGCACCGACGGCACCAAUUACUACCAUGAGUGUUUCCAGCAUGCAGCGGCUCAUGUGCUCAGUCCACCGCUGCGACCUGAUCCAACGACGCCCUCCUUUUUGAUGGAACUCUUGGCGAAUGAUGAUCUGCAGACAACCGGCAGCGACAAUUGCACCUUCAACAAGGAGCACAAGGAGUUGGGCAAAGGCAAUUUCACUAAGAUACCGAACGGUGUCAAUGGCGUCGAGGAUCGCAUGUCCGUUGUUUGGGAGAAAGGUGUACAUGCCGGCCUAUUGGAUCCCUGUCGCUUCGUUGCCGUCACUAGUACAAAUGCCGCCAAAAUAUUCAAUCUCUAUCCACAAAAGGGACGUAUUGCCGUCGGCUCCGAUGCGGAUAUUGUCAUCUGGAAUCCCAGUGCCACACGCACUAUCUCCAAAGAGACGCAUCAUCAUGCAUGCGAUUUCAACAUUUUCGAGGGCAUGGUAUGCCAUGGUGUGCCCGAAAUGGUAUUGGUCCGUGGACGCAUUUGCGUUGAAGAUGGCAGCGUACGCGUAGCUGAAGGUUACGGCCGAUUCGUUAAUACACCAACACGUCCGCCAUAUCUCUACGAUGUGUUGGAGGGUAAGAUUGCAGCCAACGACGAACACAAUGGCGAAGAGCAUGAGGAGCAACUGAAUGGUGGCUUGAAGAAAUUGGAUUUAGGUGCUUUGGAAAUCGAAAUACCCUACCAAGAGCCAAUCUCACGCACACUACUCUCAAUGCCGGGUGGUGGUGGUGGCGGUUCGGUAGCUAGUACACCAUCGGGACGUGGACGCGUUGAAGGUACACGUAACAUGCAAGAAUCAACGUUUUCCGUUAGCGGUAAGCAAUCAAGCUUAGUUAAUUCAAGUGAGGAGCUGGAUAAAUCUGGCAAUCGUUCAUGCAUUCGCGUAAGAAAUCCACCAGGUGGCAAGUCUUCUGGUUUCUGGUAAAUCAGUGCAACCACGCGCAGUCAUCACACACCAGCACCAAAUCGCACAAUUCGAGACAUACAUACAUACAUACAGACAUACAUACUUACAUAUUAAGUUAUGAACCAGUGAGGAAUUUGCGUGGCGCAGUGCUAAAUGCAUACAUACAUACAUAGUUAUAUAUGCAUAUACUAUAUAUGAAUAUAUUGUGUUUGUGUCUAUGCAAAGCGUGGUUUGUUGAGGCAUCAUACAUACAAAAAUCGCAAAUUACGAGUACCCAAAAUUACAUGAAUCAAAAGUGUGAAUCAAGAAGCUACCAAACCAAAUCUACCAAAUCUUUGUACUACGCAUAAAACAUUAACGAAUAGCAAAUGAAGAUUAUAAAUAUCUAAAUUUAAUUAUACAACAGUUAAAUUCAUAUAAUCGUGCAUACAUACAGACAUACAUAUAUGUAAGUGUAAAUGUAUGCGCAAUGUAUGUGUACUUGUACAAGUAUAUGUUUAUGUAAUCACAGCAGAGUAAAGAGUAAAUAGUGAAUAUAUUUAAAUGUAAUUCUGAUAUCUGCUUAUUGUGCAAUCAUAUUUUAUGUGUUAGCCUAAAUUUAUUAUUAUUCUUUUUGUUUCUCAAUUAUAUGUAUAUUUAUCUAUUUGUUUUUAUACCUACAUACACCUUUAACAUACAUACAUAUAUA